UGAGAUACAGGGACCAGUGCAGCGGAGCGCGGAAGAGGGGGCAGCAUAUACGUUUAUAUAUGAUAUGAUCUGGGGAGGCAACGAGGGAGCCGUUGCGAGCGUUAUGCGUGCGUUGUGUGUGUGUGUGUGUCUGCUUGUGCGUGUCUGUGCUAUAUGCGGGUGUGGUUUCUGGGGGUUGGAGGUUUGUGUGUGUGGUUUGGGAGUAUCAAUGAUGAGAGGGUAGUAGUGUAUGUAUGAGCUGACAAGACAAGAAGGAACACAAGAAGACCAGAAGAAGCGCUCGCUAUGCAGGCAUGCUAAUACUCAGCAGAACAUGGAAGUGAGGCCGGCGAAGGAAGCCCUGGGCCAGGAACGCAGCAGUCAGGAGGGCAGGCCCGUUGACCAGGACGAGUCGUCUGCCAGGCACAGCAGGCCAGUUUUGAGAGGUGAGACUGACAAAGGGAGAGAGAGAUGGAAGAGGUCAGAAGCACAAUCCUGUGCGGCUGGUCCCGCGCUCUUGGGGGGGAAGGAGCGGCGGGAGGGCCUCGCUCGGGUGGCAGUGGCAGUGGCAGAGGCAGAGGCAGAGCCCCACCGGCAGGGCAGACUGACAGACAGCAGCACCAGCGCCCGCGAGUACAAGAAGGGCACGCUCUCGCUCGCCGCAAAGUGCGCAAUGGGAAACCAAGGCCAGCGUGCUCUGUGCUGUGGGAUCGAGCUAGUAGACGGCAAGACCUCAAGACAACAAGGAGAGGAGAUCCCAGCGGGCUCUCUGUCGUCAUCUGAGGACGCUCCCGUCGUGGUGAGUCACCCGUUCUAUUGUUGGCUCUCCUGUCACUUGACUACAGUCUGUCCCAGCACGCGACUCAAGAGGCAGAGGCACACACAAGAGAGCUGCUGCUAGGGCCAGGGGCACAGGAACGAGGCUCAGCCUCAAACG